AUGCCUUUGCACUUGGAACAUCGAUUAUAUCCUUUUACAGCUAAUGUAUGUAUAAAUAACAGCAGCACACCGAACCCAGCAGACAAUCCAGCAGACAACUCCAACCAUAAAGAACACCAGUAUCUCAAUCUCAUACACACGAGACUUGCCUCAGGCGAAUACCGACCCGACCGCACAGUCGAUGACUCUAUCCCCGUCCUCCCCCUCCCGACCUCCAAAAGUGUCUUCUUCCGCGCUGUCGUCGCCAAGCUCCUCUGGUUCAUCUCCGGCUGCAUCUCGUCCCUGCCGCUCUCCGACCAAGGCGUCAAGAUCUGGGGCGGUAGCAGCAGCCGCGAAUUCCUCGACAAAGUCGGCCUGGGCCACCGCGACGUAGGCGACCUCGGUCCUGUAUACAGGUUUCAAUGGCGACACUUCGGGGCCGAGAAUGUCGACACCAAAACCGAUUACAAAGGACAAGGAGUCAACCGGCUCGCCGAGAUACUGUACAAGUUAAAACAUAACCCUUUCGACUAUCGCAUUAUCAUGACACUCCCGCCUUGUGACAUGUUCGCCCAGUUCUACGUCUCCUACCCCAAUGGUCAAGACCAGAAAGGUCAUCUCCAUUGCCAGCCCUAUCAGCGCUCGUGUGACGUGGCCCUCGGUGUGCCCUUUAAUAUUGUCUCCUACAGUCUCUUGAGGUAUAUACUUAUACAGUGGACUUAUAUCCCGCUCUUGCAGGAGCAGCUGGUAAGGGGGCUGACUGAGUUCCCGGAGUUAAAGAUUCGUCGUGAUAAUUAG